AUGUAUCCUUCUUCAUACGCCAGACUAUGGAAUCCCGUUCGAGGUAUCGUCUUCGGCUCAGCGCGGCAGGGCGAGACGUCCCAUCCGCGAGUGGACAUGCUGCGUUCUCUACACACCACGACGCCAGACAACAGCCAGCCCGCAGCUGCGACGAGAUCGAACGACGAAAUUAUCGACUCUGACAGCGAUGACCUUUUCUACACCGCUCCGGAGUACCAGUCCGUAUUAGACAACGUGCCCAUUGCCCAGAUGCCUCAAGCAGACACCGCAGGGAGUACGAAGGAGGGCAAGGUUGAGGCUGAGGGGACGGCGGCUACAGAGCCAGCAGAACCCCCGCAAACAGGCCUAGACUUCAAGAUCCCUCUGCCGGCAUUCCUAAAAGCCCAGAGGGCGAAAGAGAACACGGGGGAAUCGUUCUGGUCUUACACACUCUUUCGCGGGCCCGAGGUAGACGGGGUCGAGCAAAAGGUCAAAGUGCACUACUGCAAGACCAAACACACCAUGGAGAGAGUAUGCCAGUACUUCAAGGAUGAUGCAGUCCUCGGGUUUGAUCUCGAGUGGUUUCCGGACGCAAAGAAGACCUCGGGUCCGAAGAAGAACGCCUCUUUGAUCCAGAUUGCUAACGAGAGUCGGAUCGCUCUCUUUCACAUUGCCUUGUUCCCCAGCGACGAUUUUGUCGCUCCGACAUUCCGGAAGAUCAUGGAGGACUCUGACGUGCGGAAGGUCGGCGUGAAUAUCAAAGGGGACUGUACGCGGAUACGAAACAACUUGAUGGUCGAUACGAGGGGAGUCUUCGAGCUCAGCCACUUGUAUAAGCUUGUGAAGUACUCGGCAAGUGGUGAAGUUGGAUUGAUCAACAAGAGGCUUGUGCCUCUGGCUACAAUGGUCAAGGAACACCUCGGUCUCCCCAUGUUCAAGGGGCAGGAUGUCCGGUCGAGUGACUGGUCCCAGUCCCUGAACAUGGACCAGCUCAUGUACUCCGCUUCCGAUGCGUAUGCUGGCUUCCAGCUAUUCCAUGUUCUCAAUGGGAAGCGUGAGAGCCUCGACCCCACUCCACCAAUCCCCUAUAAUGCUGAGCUCGGCCUGAGCAUUCGUUUUGCCGACGGCGUCGCCCUCCCGACGACAGACAAGAAAGAUUUGGAGGCCGACCCGCGGAACAUCUCUGCACCUCUGUCGGCCUCGGAGUGCCAAGCAAUCAUGGACAGUCUUGAAGUUGAGGAAGACGGCGAGGGCCCAUCCAUCGCCGAGAGCGUCAGAGCCGCCACAAAGGCUGCAUCGACCCAGAAGCGCCAGAAGGAUGCCAGAGUCGUGGCUGCCGAUGAGAAGCUGGCCGCUUACCGGAAUACUAUCAAGUCCCUCCGUGCCUCGCCGUCCGCCGUACGAUCGUAUUUUAUCUGGAAGGAUAACAACGACCUCACACCCGAGGCCAUCGCCAAGGUCCUCCGAGACCCGCCGCUGCAGACGAACACGGUGGUGAGCUACAUUCUGGAGGCUCUCAAGUUGGAGAAGCUACCGUUCGACAAGAAGCGGCUGCGAAACGAGAUCCUGCACACGCUGCCGAAGGAGGUUCUGCAGGGCAGGUACAAGGCUUUGAUGCUGGAGGCUCAGAAGCCCGAUGCUGGGGAUGCCUCCCCGGUUGCGUGA